AUGGGGCAUGGCGGUGAUCAGGACACUGGUAUGGAGCAUGUCGGUGAUCAGGAAGCUGGUAUGGGGUAUGUGGUGAUCAGGAUGCUGGUAUGCUGUAUGGCGAUGAUCAGGGCACUGGUAUGGGGCAUAGCAGUGAUCAGGAUGCUGGUAUGGGGCAUGGUGAUGAUCAAGACGCUGGUAUGGGGCACGGCGGUGAUCAGGAUGCUGGUAUGGAACAUGGCAGAGAUUAGGAUGCUGGUAUGGGGUAUGGUGGUGAUCAGGAUGCUGGUAUGGAACAUGGCGGUGAUCAGGGUGCUGGUAUGG